AUGGACAACGAAGACGCGGGUCUGUGCGGGACAAACUUCAGCGGUGAGAGAAGCUCCGGCGUGUUGGAUGACAGUGGCACACAACGUUCGUCUGCCUCCGCACCACUCCACGCCACACAACUUCUCCCUACAUCACCAAACUCCACACCACUCAACACAACACAACUGCACCCCACAUCACUCAACGCCUCACCAUUCAGCGCCACAGAACAGCAUCUCAAACCACUUAAGGCCACAGCAUUCAACAACACACAAUUGCGACCCUCACCACUCAACCCCUCACCACUCGACACAACACAACUGCACCCCACACCAUUCAACACCACAGAACAGCGACCCUCACCACCCAACCCCACACAAUUCAACAUACCCAACGCCACAGCAUUUAACGCCCCACAAUUGCGACCCUCACCACUCAACCCCUCACCACUCAACACAACACAACUGCACCCCACAUCACUCAACUCCUCACCACUCGUCGCCACGAUGAACAUGAAGUGCACUGACACGGACGAUCAGCCAAUGGACCUGACAACUGGACCCAGACUGGAAUCUGGAGUCGGUGACACCACCUUCUGCACUCCCGUGGCGGUGGGGGUGACAGGUGCCGGGGAACUUAAACCUAACCUAAGUCCUUCCCCGCCCUCUCCCCCAACUAAAAGAAGUCUGGAUGUCGUCCGAGCAGAGGACUGGACCGUGGUUACCCCCUGCAACGGUUUUGGAAUCCAGUCUCUUCCAUCGACCUCGCCAUUCGCUCGUGUCAAGAGGAGACGUUUGCAGAGUCCAGAAAAAAUAUGUGGUGGCAGUUCGGGGCGCUCAAACGGAAGGAAUUUUCUUGAAGAAUACAGAAGAAAUAAUUAUCAUGCCUGUGGGUUUUCUGAUCUAAGCUCUUUAGAAUUAUUAGUAAGAAAUCAGCAAGAAAUUGAGCGAUUGAAUAAUCAAAAAUCACACGAUUUUAUGACCGAUAAUCAAGAGGCUUCCACAGUUGGGUCUCCGGCCGGCAAUAACAAUCGAAAUGGUAUCUCGUCUUCUGUAAAUUCCCAACUAUCAUUAGUACAUCAUUAUGAAAAAAUGCGAAUGAAACAAUAUUCAGAAUUGUUGCAGCUUAAUCGUGAGAGUAGGGAUGCGCCAACAACUCAAAAAUCUCAUCCCGUUUCGCCCGUGAACACCGAACUAAAACCAGGACUUUGCGACCAUAAAUCAAGUCCCCAGAAAGGUUUUGCUUGCAGCGGUGGAGGUGACUGGGCAGACGCAACGAAGUGCUCUCAUGACGGUCUAUAUGGGGCCUACAUGUACCUUAAUUAUUUGCCUUAUCUGCUGGCCGAGACUUCGGCUGCUGGACCAGCAGGAUUUCAGGAGAUCAUGAAGAUGCAGAAGGCCUCUCCACCACCCACUUCGUUUAACCGACAGGUCCCAUCUUCCAUCAGUGACAUUUAUUCGGCGUACCUGGCAACUCUUCUCUUACCUCAAGUUCACCAACAGACGGAAAUGUCAGAAAACCUACAUUUAUUGAAUGCCCCAUCACCUCACCACGACGUUUACCACAACACAUUGGAGCCCUCGACCAACGGUGAAACUUCGCGCAGCUCCCAAACAUCAAAUCACUCUUCUGCGAUUUCAUUAUCGCCAAAUCCUUCAUUAAAGUCCAGACAAGAACUUUUCUCUGGGCAGUCGUCCCGCACCUACCCUAUGUCUACUCAUCGCCACAAGAAACAAUUCCUUAGAGCCACCAGCCUGGAUGAGGGUCUCGUGCGAGGAGGUUUUUCGCUCGACCCUGAGUUUUUCACGCCUCCGUUCCAGGGGUGGGAAGCGAACAAGUUUAAUUUGAUGCGAGCUAAUUACUCAUUGCCGAAUUUGCCUUCCUGCUCGCGUGAAGUCCAAAGACAAUCACCAGGGCCGUCGACAAGUUUCGACAAAUUACACGAAGAAUCUAGAGACCAGCUCGACAGCAACUUUGCAGCGGAUUUGUCACGGCUACAGAAAGAGCCUUCGCGUACUAACACCAUCAAUAUCAAGAACUUCAAUAUUUUUAGAGAUCUUUACUCAGUGAAUGACGUCAACACAUUCUUGAGAGAAAAUAUUAAUGGUGGAACUAGUGGUGAAACUGAUUCAGUAGAUGACAGAACAGGAAACGAAUCAGAGAGCAUUUGUUUAAGAACAAACUCAAUAAGGCAAACCAGUCCAGCUGAUCACCAAAAACAAGAAAUUUUACCUCCAGUUCCGUCGUGUAGUAACAUAAUGAACGGGCUAAUAAUUAAAAAGAAACCCACCAGAGCUUUGACAGGCAGACAUGUGCGAUCCGGCACAGGAGCUUCCAUCUCAACUCUGACGUCACUGCGGGAAAAACUGGAAGAACGUAAGAACAGAACGCCUCCUGCCACCCCAACGUCCUCGAAGCCUCCAACGCGAAGCCGAGGCCGUAGGAAGUUGCCACUGUAAUGCUACUUGAUGCACGUAGAG